AUGGUAGAUGUUGCUGGUUCAAUAAAGUCUACAACUCUUCUGCUCGUUUUCAGGCCAGACCGUCCCCUUCUCGAGACUGGCCAUGUGAGACCGAGGCCAGCCAAGGGACUGAAGCCACGAGAAGACAAACCCAACCCAAGACACUCAGACCACAACCACUAUCGUCCCGAGAUUGUGUUGGGGUCUGUGCUUCCGGUCACCACGCGAAGCAAAGCCAAGCAGUGUGUUACAAGACGGAAGAUUACGUCACACUCUCCACAUUCCUCCCCACACAGCGUCACACUCCCUACAUUCCUCCGCACACAGCGUCACACUCUCCACAUUCCUCCCCACACAGCGUCACACUCUCCACAUUCCUUCCCACACAGCGUCACAGUCUCCACAUUCCUCCCCACACAGCGUCACACUCUCCACAUUCCUCCCCACACAGCGUCACACUCUCCACAUUCCUCCCCACACAGCGUCACACUCUCCACAUUCCUUCCCACACAGCGUCACAGUCUCCACAUUCCUCCCCACACAGCGUCACACUCUCCACAUUCCUCCCCACACAGCGUCACACUCUCCACAUUCCUCCCCACACAGCGUCACACUCUCCACAUUCCUCCCCACACAGCGUCACACUCCCUACAUUCCUCCCCACACAGCGUCACACUCCCUACAUUUCUCCCCACACAGUGUCACACUCUCCACAUUCCUCCCCACACAGCGUCACACUCUCCACAUUCCUCCCCACACAGCGUCACACUCUCUACAUUCUUCAACACAGCGUCACAUUCCCCACAUUCCUCUUCACACAGCGUCACACUCCCCACAUUCCUCUUCACACAGCGUCACACUCCCCACAUUCCUCUCCACACAGCGUCACACCCUCCACGCACCGUCACACUCCCCACACAUCGUCACACUUCCCACACAGGGUCACACUCUCCACGAAGCGUUACACUCCCCUACAUCGUCACACUCCUCACACAGCGUCACACUCCCUACAUUCCUCCCCACACAGCGUUACACUCUCCACAUUCUUCCCCACACAGCGCCACACUCUCCACAUUCCUUCCUACACAGCGUCACACUCUCCACAUUCCUCCCCACAUAGAGUCACGCUCCCCACACGUCACACUCUCCACAUUCUCCCCAAACACAGCGUCACACUCCCCACACAGCAUCACAUUCUUCCAUUUCUCACCACACAACGUCACACUCUCCACAUUUCUGCCCAAACAGCGUCACACUCCCACAUUCCUCUCCACACAGCGUCACACCCUCCACGCAUCGUCACACUUCCCACACAUCGUCACACUUCCCACACAGCGUCACACUCUCCACGAAGCGUCACAGCGUCACACUCCCCCACAUCGUCACACUCCUCCCACAGCGUCACACUCCCUACAUUCCUCCCUACACAGCGUCACACUCCCCACAUUCCUCCCCACACAGCGUUACACUCCACAUUUCUCCCUACACAGCGUCACACUCCCCACAUUCCUCCCCAAACAGCAUCACACUCUUCACAUUCCUCCCCACACAGCGUCACACUCCCCACAUUCCUCCCCACACAGCGUCACACCCCACAUUCCUCCCCACACAGCGUCACACUCUCCACAUUCCUCCCCACACAGCGUCACACUCUCCACAUUCCUCCCCACACAGCGUCACACUCCCUACAUUCCUCCCCACACAGCGUCACACUCUCCACAUUCCUCCCCAAACACAGCGUCACACUCUCCACAUUUCUCCCCACACAGCGUCACACUCUCCACAUUCCUCCCCACACAGCGUCAUACUCUCCACAUUCUUCUCCACACAGCGUCACACUCUCCACAUUCCUCCCCACACAGCGUCACACUCCUCACAUCCCUCUGA